AACAGAAAUGACUCGACUUUGAGUGUGAUCCAUCAUGCUGUAAAAUUGAUCAUAAUAUGCUUGCAAAAUCAUGUUAGCCUACAUCGUUGUGGUUGCAGUUGCGUGCGUAACUGCGCUUCUAGUCCCAUGUGAUUGGGCUGCUAUUUAUGGGGACGCAGUGUCGGUGUUCGGCUCUCUUGGACCAUCGAAUGCACCUGCCCGGAUAAUUAGCAAGAGUGAACUGUCAAAAUACAGCGGCGAAGUGAAUAGUCCAGGGCUAUACGUGGCGAUAUUGGGACAGGUAUUUGAUGUGAAGAAAGGAGAAAAACAUUACGGCCCAGGGGGAGGUUACCAUUUCUUUGCAGGUAGAGAUGCGUCCCGUGCAUUUGUAACAGGGGAUUUCUCUGAGGCUGGGUUGAACGAUGACGUGUCUGACCUCUCCCCCUCGCAAAUUGUGGCCCUGUAUGACUGGCUGGCGUUCUACCAGAAGGAUUACACUCCCGUCGGUGUAGUGGAGGGCCAUUUCUACCGUGCUGAUGGGCAGCCCACAGAGGCCCUGCUCCAGGCGGAGGCUGCGCUGGAGGAAGGCCUGCAGCUGAAGGCCCAGGCGGCGGCCCACAGUCAGCAAUACCCGGCCUGCAACACCGAGUGGAGCUCCCAAGGGGGGCGCGUCUGGUGCUCCACUAAAAGUGGUGGUGUGAAGAGGGACUGGGUUGGGGUGCCAAGGAAGCUGUUCUCACCCGGCUCCAGCCGUUCUCGCUGUGUAUGCAUCCAGACGGAGGAUCCUGAUCACCAACAGGACAACCCCAAACUUCAGGAAUACGGAGGCUGUGCACCGGACUCCCCAUCCUGCUUUGUUGGGCAGCACUGAACAUGAGCAAGAGUUAUGUACACCUGGGAGACAACACUUAAGUAGAGAGUUCAAUUUCACAACAGUUUUCCCAGAAUCAUUUCACAGAGUCAUGAACUUGGGUGAAUUCAAUUUGCUGCCCUGCAUGGGUGACAGCUGCUCUGUCAGUGUAGAGUAGUAACAAGCCAUCCUUCAUUCAGCUGGAAUGAGAGAGAGACAAUGCCUGUGGGACAUAUGUGAACGAAAUCUGCUUAGUGUUGCUUUAAGGGGCUGAUGGUCCCACACACAGCCAAGCCAAGAACAGAUUGUCAUUUGCUCCUCCAGAAUCCACAGAGAGCCUAGCAUGUUUGUGCUCAGUUGUGUAACAUCGCUGGACUGGGAUCAAAAAACCGUCCAUACUGUAUACAAGAAAAAACAUUAGCACUGGCCCGAGUACUGUCUGUCCCGCGGGAAAUGCCCCGUAUGCCAGAUUACCCGUCCUGGUCUGGCAGUGAAGGGAAUGCAGCAGAAGCAUGAGGCUUAAGUGGGUCAGUUGAAGCCAAGUGUCAGCCAGUCUGAGCUACUGAGAUAGCUUCUAUGUUGCGGUUGGUAAGCUGCAAACAGGAUAUUUUGCUCCCACUUUUGUCUGUGAUGUUUCAGGUCAAAAUGGACCAUUCUUCAAAUACGAAGGGACCAGGAGGUCUGAAGAAGGGUUCAUUGACACAAAAGUGGUAAUUAAAAGUUCUUAGGUCACUCCCUCAUCUUUAUUUGCCUGUGCAUUUGUUGUCCAGCUCCCAGGUCAGAUGCUUGGAUGUGCAGGCUUUAAACCUCUCUCAGUGAGGUUUGUAAGCUCAUCACUUGAUAAAUCCACCAGUCAUUGGUCAUUGUACUGUGUUGAGUUAUCAGUUUGGCUUUGUGUUAUGCUGGGUUUGCAUGCCUAAUACACUUUAGGCCCUGAUUCAAUGAGGCCUGUUGGUUUCAAUGAUGAAAGCAAUACAUACGGUAUUGUGUAGGUAUAUUUGAAAUGUUGCACAAAAACAUCAGUAAGCUACUUAGCGUUCAGAUUACAUUGUAAUAAAUGGCCAAUAACCGAAGGCAAGAGAUACCAUUUGCAAAGAUAUUAAAAUUAAUUUGGUUUACCUGUCUGUAUAGCACUGUAUUUUGAUGUUACUUUAUCAACUUAAGCUGCUAAAUACAAGACUAGAUUUGUAAUUAUUAUUUUACGCUUAUAAUAAAAUAAAGAAAUGAAAAAUGCAACAUUUUUC